ACGCGUGACAUUCCGUAGACGUGCAUGGAGAACCAGGGUUUCCAUUGCCACCAGCCCAGCCUUGUUUGCUUCUUGGACGGGUGGGUGGCGGCCCGGGGAGGGAAGACCCUCCUGUCCGAUGGUCUCCCAUGUCUGGCACUGCAGCCUCCCCGAGUCUGUGCUUCCUAGGCACGUCAGCUUUUCAUGUUCGAGCCUGGCUGGUGUGGCCUAAGCUGGCGGGGAGAAGGAAGCCACUGUGAUGUCACAGCUGCAUUGCCCUCUCCAUCGGUGAGGGCUCUCUGAAGCUGCUCCAAGGGUGUCAUCCUUCUCUUCCUCCUCCUCCUCCUCCUCCUCCGUGCGGUGUGAUGCAGGUGAAGGCUCUGCGCUGAAGUCUAGACAGUCGGUCUCGGAAGUAGUUGAGAGUACCUGAGGCAAGAGUGAAGGGCAGCCGGAGAGCGCGGAGGGGCAUUGCUGCUGGGUCACUUCUCCCCUUGCUGGAAGACCAGAGGGGGCUCCUUCCUUCAGCCAGUGGGCUGAGACGAUGCCAGCCCAGUAAGGAAAGGGGUGCCUUGUUUUCUCUGCUCAUGAGAACCUCCCCCCCCUCCGCUUCAUCCUCGCCUUCUCAUCUGUCGAUUUGUGCUGCCUUGCAAAGAACGGGUCGCUCAGCAGCUUAACAGUUGCAAUUUCUGAGCAAUUCUGUCCAGGUGACUGUGUCCAGGUUAUGACGACUAAUCCAAAACCAAACAAAGCAUUUAAGGUCAAGGAGGAGUCAGGAGAAAACGCCCCGGUGCUGAGUGACGAUGAACUCGUGUCGAUGUCUGUGCGGGAGUUGAACCAGCACCUGCGAGGUCUCACCAAAGAGGAGGUGAUUCGCUUGAAGCAACGGCGGCGGACACUCAAGAACCGGGGCUACGCGGCCAGCUGCCGGAUCAAGCGGGUGACCCAGAAGGAGGAACUGGAAAGGCAGCGGGUGGAGCUGCAGCAGGAGGUGGAGAAGCUGGCUCGGGAGAACAGCAGCAUGAAAUUGGAGCUGGACGCCUUGCGCUCCAAGUACGAAGCCCUGCAGACCUUUGCCCGCACCGUGGCCCGCGGCCCCAUCACCCCCACCAAAGUAGCCACCACCAGCGUGAUCACCAUCGUGAAGUCCACCGAAAUCUCCUCCAGCUCCGUGCCGUUUUCGGCAGCAUCGUAAUGUCCAAGGAGGAGAGAGAACUGCCUGCCUGGCUAGAAGAGAGGACUUUGCAGAGCCCGCUUUCUCUCUCGAAUCAGACGUCCGUCUUUUCCCCCCCAAAAAGGAGCCAGCCAGCCACGUAGCGGCAGACUCUUCGAAGGGAAAUUGAACCCGGCUGCUUUUACCUCGUUCAGUAAGCCCUUCGGGGCUGAAACUGAAAUUCCGUAUCUAGCCCUGCAGAAAUCCGAAGGAGGCGCCUUGCACAGCUCUUCCUUGUGGUCUCCUUUUUAAGUCCCAAUCGACACGAGGUAUCGAAGGAUAUGUGUGCUAAAUGAAAAUUUCAAGCGGAUAACAUGGUAGAAUCAUCGAGCCAUAGGGAAAAAAAUAUCUCUCUUCCUCUAGUUAGGAAAAAGAAAGGGAAAAAGCAGCCCCUCCAUAGCUACGGGUGAUCACGAUUUUGGAACAGUUACUGCAUCCACAUUUUCAUAGCCCCAGGUUUUUUCUCUCCACAUUCAGAAAGCCCUGGUGAGGGAAUGUUCACCUCGCCGUCCGGUCCCUGGUGCUGCUCCGUCCCCGCUGGAGGUCCUUUUGGUCAGGGGUCCAGCAAAACGGAACAGCAUCUACAAUGCAAAGAUGUCACUGAAGCUGCUUCCCAUGAUGUGCCUGUGAAUUGGGUCUCCUUUUUGAUGUGUUGGUGUGGCUUCCAAACAAUACAUUUUGGUCUGUGUCAUCAUGCAGGUUCUACCGUAUCGUAGGUGGGGGGAGGAAAUGGGAAGCAUACGGAGAGCAGGCAGUGUGGGGCUGGACUUGGUGGCUAGGUUGUGAGAGAGAAAAAAAGAUAAUUUGCCAGAAGAGGAACUUAUGGGAAAGGAUAGCUCUAUAAAAUGAUGCCUUUGAAUCAGCAUGACUUAGAAACAUGAAAGGUUUGUAAAUCAAAGACAUGCCGGGGAAAAAAAGUGGGGGGGAUUUUUUUUGGACAAGGAAGAUUCAAAAAGAAAUAUGAAUUCAAGCCACAGCCUUAUCCGUAAUAUUUCUGCUGCCGCUGCUCUCUUGUUUUGGUGCUCUGUAACAUCAAGAGAUGUCAAAAGUGAACACGCAGUAAAAAGCAGAAAGAAUUAGGUCUAAACACCUACAGGGAAUUGGGCUCCUCAAGAUAACGCUCGGCAAGCUCAAAGAUAACGAAUUUCAGAGAGGAACACGGGAAGGUUUAAAAGUUGGUACUUUGGGGGAAGGGGGUGUUUUGGAGACAAGUUAAAUUGGGACGUGGUUCUGAGAAAUAGGGAGAAAAUCAGAGCUCGUCACCAGGGCGAGAAGGAGGGACGUAGGCUGCUGUUUGUCUGUAUGUGCAAAGAAUGAGAAGUGCAGGUGUACUGAGUUUGCUCAGACGUGAGAAGGUUGUCCGUAUGGAGAGCAGAGAAGAGAGAAAGCGGGUUUUGGAUUUACGGAGAAGGCAGAGGAAUGAAGGAUGGUUAGAGUUGGGUCGCCAGUGAGGGCUGACAAAGAGAAGGGAAAGAAGGCUUGGAACUUGGAGUUGCGAGGCGAGUAAGUUGCCCUUUCAAAGUCCCUUUAUGUGUCGUUUCUAGAGCAAAGGGGUUUCGAACUUGCAAUCUGAGAACCGAAGCCUCAGAUAAAGGUCCCUUCAGAUGGGUCGGUAAUAAAAUUGCUGCCCCCUUCUGCUUAGCUGAAGCCAACCCACCAGAGAUAAAAUUCCAAUUUUCUAUCGGAAGCCGGGGAUGCAACAUUUACAUGGUGGCACCGUCCAGUUGUUCUGCCUCACCCACAUCAUGUGGCGAUCCAGGGCUGAUUCCUGUUGCCCAGGCGCCCUUACAUGUUUGCAUCCUCCGUCUUGUCAAACGCGUCCCCUCUAUUGGGGUUGGAUUUGAAUUGGAGUCUUUGCUUCCCCAAAUGCUAGCUUUUGUGGUGUCUUCUUGGGGUGUCUUAAAACUCCCACUUACGUUCCCUUGCAGCUAAUACCGGUAGAUUGUGACCUCUCUUCUGUGGGUGCAUUCGUAAUUGAAAGCAAAUAAGGAAGAGUACGAAGGCCCUUAACCUCGGUGUAGGUGUUGGGGGUAACUGCAUCCUGAGUGGAGUUACUAACACUGUGAAUAUAGCACUAGUGGUAGUUGGGUGCAUGAUCUUGUGUCACACCGUCAGCAUAUGCCAACCUCUUGGCACUUAAUGCUCUUCUGUGCCAUUCAGUAGUUUCGUGGUGAGGAGGGGGCUAAUUUUGACUGCCAGAUCAGGAAGAACGAGCAAAGCUAAUGGCUGUGUGUCCACUUCGUUGGCUUCAGAUUAACUCACAUGUGAGGGUCUCCGUAGCCCUCUUGAAGACCAGUUUACAUCUGGUGUUUAUCCCUGCUACUUUAGACUCCCUCACAAAAAGUUUGAGGAAGAAAACGAAUUGAGUUGCUUUAUGUUGUUUUUCUCUGAAAAUGUCCUUUGGAACACCCUGGGUUCUCUGCAAGCUUCCUGAAUCCUUAAAAGCAGAGGAAGGGGUUAGAUUGCACUGUCUGAGUUUCAGAAAAUAAAUGCCAGUGGCCCAAGUGGGCAUAAGAAUGUCGGAAAUGUCGAAUCCUCUCCUCUCCUCUCCCCUCCGCGGCCAGCUGGAAGCUGAGCUCUGGAAAACGAGGGCCGAGUUAACUGGGCUCCACAAAGAUGGAAUGAAUGUUUAGAGGUGCCUUCCCCAACCUGAUGUCCCCCCAAAUACAUCUCACUACAGCUCUCCUUGGCCCUUCUUCAACAAGGGCCACGAUGUUCCUAGCUCCUGGUUGAAAGCUGCUACAUCUGAGGAAGACAUGGAGUAUUGAUGAAGGAAAUUGCCCCGCCCAUCUUAAAUUAUAACGAUGCUCUUUCUGGAUUGGCUGUGUGUCGAUUGCCCUGCACCUCUUGACUCUAGCUUUGUUCCACCCGUUGCUACGCCGAGUUGGGGUUUCCCCUUCUCUCUGGUGUUGGAUGGGCAACCCUUGGUCAGCUCCAGAAGAGGUCCUCCAUUUUUUGUGUGAUGCUUCCUUGUGACUGAGAAGGUUUCCCCUAGCUUGCCCAUAGUUUUAGGAGAUGGACAAGCAAUAAUGGACCUAGAAAGAAUUCGAUGGGAGGUGUUCUGGCAACUGUAGACCCACUGAAAUUCUUGAGUGUAUCCAAGGGAGCUCCAACCAGAGCGCCAGUUAACACCAUCAUGGUGGCCUUGAGUUGGUAAAAGCUACACGUGGGCUUAUCCCCAGGGCAGAGGUCUUCAAACUUGGCAACUUUAAGACUUGUGGACUUCAACUCCCAGAAU